AUGUAUGAUGGUAUUACGAAUGCCCUGAAUUAUGCAAAUGAGACUGAUACUACAGUGACUGCAUUUAUCGGAUCAGGCCAGUAUUUUUGUAGCGGUAACGAUUUAACAAAUUUCACUGAAGUCACUGGUCUCGAGGACAUACCACGUAUGAUUUCUAAAACAAGUCAAAUACUCAGUUCAUACGUUGCUGCUUAUAUUAACCAUAAAAAAGCCUUAGUCGCACUGAUAAAUGGUCCUGCAAUUGGUAUUGCUGUUACUGUAUUACCUUUAUUUGACUUAGUUCUUGCUUCUGAUAAAGCAAUAUUCAGUACACCGUUCACAAUUUUGGGACAAUCUCCGGAAGGUUGUUCAUCGUAUACAUUCCCAAUGAUAAUGGGACACAGUAAGGCAUCAGAAGUCUUAAUUUUUGAUAAAAAAAUUAACCGCCCAAGAAGUAUAUGA